UUUAGGGUUGUUACCAGGCAGAGAGCCUUUCCAACAUGGCAGCGUCAAGCAACGCAGAGCAUACGCAUUUGCAAGACAUGGAGGAGGACGAUGCGGGGAUGGAAGAGCGAGAAAUGGACUCGGAGAGCGACGACGAGGAAGGUAUGGGAGUGGAAAAUUCAGAUGACGAAGAGGGCGAUACGUCAGAAGACGAAAAGGAAAAUGAAGCCGAAAUACAACGACUUGAAGAGCAGCUAUCAAUCAAUGCUUUUGACUACAACUGCCACGUAGAUCUCAUCAAACUACUGAAGCAGGAGGGAGAGCUUGUUCGUCUGCGGAAGGCAAGGCAGAAGAUGAGCGAGCUUUUUCCUCUCACAGAAGAGAUCUGGCUAGAUUGGCUCAAAGAUGAGAUUCGCCUGAAUGAAGAUGAACCAAACCGAGAAAAAGUCAAUGAACUCUUUGAGAGGGCUGUAAAAGACUACAUCUGCCCAGAUAUCUGGCUUGAAUAUGCCCAGUAUUCCAUUGGUGGUAUGGGAUCACCAGGCGGCAUCGAAAGAGUGAGAUCCAUCUUUGAGAGAGCUAUCACGGCUGUCGGGCUUCACAUGACCAAGGGACAGACUGUGUGGGAGGCGUACAGAGAGUUUGAGAAUGCUAUUCUGGCCACAGUACAGCCCCCUCCUGGCAGGAUUCCCAACCAUGAUGAGCAAGAGCUGCUGAACAAGCAGCUUCAGCGCAUCCAUACACUGUUCCGCCGCCAGCUGGCCAUCCCUUUAAUGGACAUGGAGGCAACAUAUGCAGAGUACGAGGAAUGGGCUGACCACGGGCCACCUGAGACAGUGUUGAGCCAAUACAAAAAUGCUUUGCAGCAGAAGGAGAAGUGCAAGCCUUUUGAAGAGUCACUGCUGGUGGCAGAGACACCUAAACUGGCCGAGUAUCAGACCUACAUUGACUUUGAAAUGAAGGCGGGUGACCCGGCACGGAUUCAGAUAACGUUUGAGCGAGCGCUGGCAGAGAACUGUCUGGUACCAGACAUGUGGACAAAAUUCACCACGUAUCUUGACCGUCAGCUGAAAAUCAAAGACUUGGUUCUGUCCACUCAUGAUCGUGCCGUCAGAAACUGCCCGUGGACUAUGGGUCUGUGGAAGAGCUACCUACUGGCUGUAGAAAGGCACGGGGGCACCCAUCAAACUGUCUCAGAUGUGUUUGAAAAGGCGCUGAAUGCUGGUUUCAUUCAAGCUACGGAUUAUGUGGAGAUCUGGCAGGCUUACCUCGACUACCUGAGGAGACGUGUGGAUUUCAGCCAAGAGUCAAGUAAAGAGUUGGAGGAGCUACGAGGCGCCUUUACUCGCUGUCUGGACUACAUGAAACAAGAUGUUGAAGAAAGAUUUGGAGAAAGUGGAGACCCUUCCUGUAACCUUAUGCAGAUUUGGGCAAGGAUUGAGGCCUUGCAUUGUAAGAACAUACAGAAAGCCAGAGAGUUGUGGGACACCAUCAUGACAAAAGGGAAUGCCAAAUAUGCCAACAUGUGGCUGGAGUACUAUAACCUUGAAAGAGCUUAUGGUGAUUCUGUCCACUGUCGAAAAGCUCUUCACAGAGCGGUUCAAUGCACCUCAGACUACCCAGAACACGUGUGUGAAGUCCUGCUUACUUUUGAGAGAGUGGAAGGUUCUUUGGAUGACUGGGAUGUGGCAGUUCAGAAAACAGAGACUCGACUGAACAGGCUUAAUGAGCAACGGGCAAAGGUGGCAGAAAAAGAAGCCAUCCACGCUCAACAAGAGGAAGACCGAGCUGAGCAGAGGCGGAAGGCCAAGACAGACAAAAAGGCUCAGAAGAAAGUUCAAAAGGGGGGUCAGUUUGGGGAGAAGAGGAAAGCAGAUGUUGAGCAAAAUGAGUGGAAUGAUCACACAGAACAAGCGCCGAAGCGACACAGAGGAAAUGGUGAGCGCAGCACAGAGGAGUACAUGGAGACUGAAACUGGACUCUUUGGGAAGAAUGUGCCUCCUGGCUAUAAAGGUUCUGCACCUGGAAGUAACAAAUCCCAGCAGGCCAGUGCACAGAAGCAAAGCGAUGAUAAGUCUGAGCUCCGGGAUGACAACAACAGUGUGUUCAUCAGCAACCUGACAUACACCUUAGAGGAGCCCGAGGCCAAACUUAGGACACUCUUUGAGCCCUGUGGACCCAUUAAACAGGUUCGCCUUGUGUCGAGCAACAAAGGGAGCUUCAAGGGCUAUGGUUAUGUACAGUUUGAAAGUCCUGUGUCCGUCCCGGAAGCCCUCAAAUUGGACAGAAGUGAGGUGGACGGCAGGCCUAUGUUUGUGUCACCAUGUGUAGACAAGAACAAGAACCCAGACUUUAAGGUGUUCAAGUACAACACAUCUAUGGAGAAACACAAAAUCUUUAUCUCUGGGCUACCAUUUUCCUGCACCAAGGAGCAACUGGAAGAAAUAAGCAGGAGCCACGGCACCAUUAAAGAUGUUCGUCUGGUCACGUAUCGCUCAGGAAAACCCAAGGGUUUGGCGUAUGUUGAGUUUGCUGAUGAAGCCCAGGCUUCACAGGCAGUCUUAAAAAUGGAUGGCUUGUGUGUGGAUGGUAACAAAAUCUCAGUUGCUAUAAGCAACCCUCCACGCAGAUACACAAACAAGCCUGGUCCCAGUCAGCCCGCAGCAAACCUGAUGCCUCGCCAGGUCCAUGGAGGGAGAGGCAGAGGACGCACGCAAUUGUCAUUGGUCCCUCGAUCCCUGCAUCGCCAAAGUGGUCCAACAAGCAAAGUUGAGAAUGGGACUGCAUCCCAGCGAGGUGCUGGAGAUGCUCUAUCAAAUUCUUUAUCGAAUUCAGACUUUGCGAGGAUGCUCUUGAAUAAGUAGAAAGAUGGUCAUCCCUUUCAAACAAGAUCACCUUCGGUCCUUGUCAUUUUUACUUUUUAUGUCUCUGGCUGUGUUUAAAUGUUUCUGGCAGGCUGUUUUAUUAAAACAAAGUGUAUAAUACAUAUGUGUAAAUAUUGCUUGGAAAAUUGUAGGCGCCAUCUGACAAACGUCAGUAUUUUUAUUUCUAUGUGAUGUGGAUUUGACAGAAAAAUGAGGAUUUUUAUUUUUUUUGUAGAAUUCUGCUAAACGCGAUCAUCAUGAUCAACAUUGCUAAUGUCCUUAAAAUUGUUUUGGUGUAACUAUAUAGGUUUGAGGGGACUCAAUUUGUCAUGUAUCUCACAGUAUCCGACAACACAGCUCACCGCACUGCCACAUCAAAACAUGCUAUAUUCAAAUCAAAAAGUUGCAUUGGUUAACUCCAAACUUCAUUUAUUUGAGAAGGAAAUGUGCAUAUGUCAUAAAUGCAAUGAUUGGGUCUGUUGUGUUUCUAAUUACUGUAUUGUGUUAAAGUUCACAUUUAGUUAUAUGGUGAGAGUUUUUAUUCCUCUGUAAUAAUCAACUGGCUGUUAACAGGAUGCUAUUAAAUGAUAAAAUGUUUUUUUUAAGACUACAUGGAUUUUAAGUAAAGUACUGUAUUUUACUAUGUUUCCAUGUACAUUGGAACCUCCGAAGUUGAACAAACUUCCCAGUUCUAAUUUCAAAUCAGUGUUUCCCCAUAGAAAAUAACAUACACUAUCGCCACUAUAAACUUUGUGUAUGGACACUGUUUGUCAUAUUUGAACAUUCCUAACAGGUGGAAGCAGUAUACUUUUACUUAGUAGCAUUGUGUAAGUGCUGCUGGAAUCCUCAUGGUGGCAGGAAAGAUACGUUCAGUAUAGUUAUGCUGUUCAACAAUGUGUAUAAAACUUCAUUAUAUUGCUUUAUUAUACUGAUCACCCUUUCCUGUUCUGUGGUUAUCACACUUUUGUGUUUUAGUGAGUUGACAUGAUGGUUUGAGGGCUGUCAAGGUAUAUUACAGAAAAUGUUGGUUAUACUUUGGAGGUUUCACUCUAUUAAAAUUUUCCUUCAUAUCUCACUAAUAAUUUGAUGGUAGAGUCGUGUUAAUGCGA